UUUGGGCGAGUUAGAUUAAAAGAGCUGUGGGGGAGAAAUUGUCACGGAUUCAUACGGUGAAGAGAAACAGGACAACAAUGGCGUCCGACGGCUGCUGCCAGUUCUUAGAGAUUAUUCUCGCUAUUCUUCUCCCGCCGCUAGGCGUCUUCCUACACUAUGGAUGUUGCAGCUUGGAGUUUUGCAUCUGCGUUCUCCUCACCAUCCUCGGAUACAUUCCAGGCAUGAUCUACGCAAUCUAUGUGAUCACCGUUGUCAAUCCUGAGAGGCACCAUCGGGAUUAUUACGAACCGAUCGUCGCCUAGGUUAGAGGAUGCUCGUUCCUCGUCCUCCAUCCGUUGUGCAGUUUGUGUUUUCCCCUUUUAUGUUUAUCAAAAUGUGUCGAUUUACUCGUAAUUGUUGUUUAUUAACAGAAUCUAAGAGAACAGCUUGCCGUUGUUAUCUUCUGUUGUCACGUUUGAGUGGAAUAAAGUGUUUUGUUUAAGUUGGAUUCUGUGAUUUCUGUGUUUAUAUUGUGCGGAAGGGUUGAUCUGUAAAUUAAACCUUACCUUUUGGAACC